GCUGCUUCUGAUAUCAUUGUCUGCGAUCCCUCGACGUCUGUCUGUCCGUCAGCUUAUUGGGACUCGCACCACUUGAACCCUUCCUCUCCCCUCUUCCCUCUCCCCCUCUCUCUACCAUUCCAUCUCACUCUACAGCAAUGCCCGUCGAGAACUACGACAUCGUGAUCGUGGGUGCCGGCCCGGUCGGUCUGUUGCUCUCGACAUGUCUGGCACGAUGGGGCUACAAGAUCAAGCACAUCGAUAUGCGACCUGAGCCUACCCUGACUGGACGUGCCGACGGCAUUCAGCCGCGUUCCCUGGACCUCUUGCGCAACAUGGGCCUCAAGCGCGCCAUCAUGGACCAUGAGCCCGCAAAAGUCUACGAAGUCGCCUUUUGGGACCCCAUGGGCGAGGGCAAGGGUAUCGGGAGAACGACCACCUGGGCCUCGUGCCCCAAGUUCAUCGAUGCACGAUACCCAUUCACGACGCUCCUGCACCAGGGACUGAUUGAGAGAGUCUUCAUCGCCGAUAUCGAGAAGCACAACACGCGGAUACAGAGGCCGUGGAGGAUUACGGGCUUCAAGAACGAUGGCAAGGAUGAGACGUAUCCCGUCGAGGUGAACAUUGCACACGUGGAUGGCGACGAGCGAGAGACGGUGCGCGCCAAGUAUCUCUUCUCCGGCGAGGGUGCGCGAUCGUUUGUCCGAGAACAAUUGGGCGUCGGCGUCACCCACAAAGACCCCAUCGCAUACGUGUGGGGUGUGAUGGACGGUGUCGUGCGAACCGACUUUCCUGAUAUCAAGAUGAAGUGCACCAUUCACUCCGAUGCGGGCUCCAUCAUGGUCAUUCCCCGCGAGGAUAACAUGGUCCGCCUCUACAUCCAGAUUGCAUCUUCGACCGACAAAGACUGGAACCCUAGGAAGUCUGCCACGACAGAAGAAGUGCAAGAUUUCGCCAAGAGGAUCAUGAAGCCGUACUACAUUGAAUGGGAUCGCGUCGAAUGGUUUUCCGUCUACCCCAUUGGCCAGGGUAUCGCUGAUCGCUACACCCUCGAUGAGCGCAUCUUCAUGGGAGGCGACUGCUGCCACACACACUCCCCCAAAGCGGGCCAGGGCAUGAACACUGCUUUCCUCGAUGCGCAGAAUUUGGCCUGGAAGAUCCACCAUGUCGAGCAAGGCUUUGCCGACCGCAGCAUUCUCAAGUCGUACGAGUCGGAGCGCAAAUUUGUUGCAGAAAACUUGCUGGACUUUGACGCUUCGUACGCCAAGAUGUUCUCGCAACGAGUGCCGUCGGCGUCGGAGCGAGAUUCGGCAGCACAGUCCGCGAAUAAGGGCGGCCAGGAAGACAACCCAUUUGUGCAAAAGUUCAAAGAGUCGUGCGAGUUCACAUCAGGAUAUGGUGUGGCCUAUCUGGAGAAUGUAUUCAACUGGUCCGAGUCACAUGCCGCACAGUCGCCCGCUUUCCUCUCGACCAAGAAUGGUGGCACCAAACUUCGCACCGGUCGCAUUCUCACUCCUGCCACCGUCACGAGAGUCGUCGACGCCAACGUGGUCCACCUCGAGCAAGAGAUUCCUCUCAAUGGCUCGUACCGAUUAUACCUCUUCGGCGGCAAGCCCGCCAAGACGAAGAAGGCCAUUGCCGACUUCGCAGCCGGCCUGAGGAAGAAGGGUUCCUUCUACGACACAUUCAAGCGCAGUGACAUUGCCACUGUCAACUACCACGAGAAGCACAACCCCCACUCGUGGUUCUACACAUUCAACAUCAUCUUCAACGCCCACCGACCGGAGAUUGACAUUCGCGGUCUCCUGCCCGAGGUGCUCGCCCGCUACACGGACCACGUCUACGCCGACGACGUCUGGGAUCACAUGGUUCCUGAUGCGAAAGCGUCGGCACACGCCAAGGUCGGUUUGUCGGAAGAAGACGGUGGUAUCGUCGUCGUCCGACCCGAUGGCUAUGUGGGCUGUGUAGUGAAACUCGCGGAAGGAAGUGUGACGAUUGAUGCUCUGAAUGCCUACUUUGCCUCUUUUACUGCCAAGAAAGUUGGGAGUGAGAGGGCACAGUUGUGAUGAGUGGAAUGAAUUGGAAAUAGAAAAAACACGUGGGAUGGAUUUUUUUGAAGAAAUACAUCUUUUGCAUGUCUUGUGAGCGUUCAAUGUAUGUACGGUACGCAAUGAAAUUGUAUCAAUCAGUGUUGAUGUAGCUUUUUUUCUCGAGAAUGAUGAAGACAGCAAUGACUGG